AUGUCCGCUCCAGGUAACAAAAAAUCCAUAGGCCGCAGCGGUAUUGGAGCUCCUUCAGCAUCAGAGACAGUUGUGAUUGGUCUGGAGUUUAUACUAGCUUCAGCUUCGGUCAGAAAGGCGCUCAAGUCGUCACACGGUAAAAUUCUUCGUCCAAGUGUCCGUUGAAUUGAAUGUUUGACCAAAGCCACUAAGCGCUCGUAUAUUCCACCUGCCCAAGGGCUAAGUUGCGGUAUAAAGUGCCAAUCAAUUCCAGAACGUGCCGAGAAUUCUGCUGGGUCUUCUGUCAUCGCUAGUGUCUUGAGGGCUUUUCCUGUUUGCACAAAUGUCGGCGCAUUAUCGGAAAGAAUUCUUCUAG